CUGAACGCAGUUUGCAGUUGAUUAUUAACUAGGAUAGCACUCUGCUGCAGUCAUAGCAUUUGACAAGAUCUCUGUUAAGUAGCCGACACCGGCAGGAAGACGGAAGGAAAGAUUGCUUGAAGACGGGUAUAGCUAACGAAAGAGUCAGAAAUUUGUUCUGAUUUGUAGAGAACGUUGCUUGUCAUCAAUUUUUGCGAAGACAAUUUGCAUCGAUUUGCUGUUCCUUUAUCUCACUGAUAAACGAAACAGGAUUCUAUUGGAAACAUUCAAGUAGGAUUUCAUUCACAGGAGCAAAAUGGGUUUGCGAGGUAUGAUUCCCGUUGCUUCGCUGAUUGGAGCUGUCCUGCAGUGCAUCGGAGUCUCCAUGUUCUGCAGUUCGGCAAUCCUCGGAUUCAACGAAUCGCUCCUUCUCUUCUCGAGUAAUCAAACAGUCUACGACACAGUAUAUGACGAUUAUGUAUACUACAUCGAGAUAAGUGUAUAUGCCUGGACAGCGUUCAUGAUGAUAUGGGCGGUCGGAUUUCUUUUCAAUGCCUUCAUGACCACGGCUCAAACCAAUGCCAAGCUCGCCCACGAGGGCGGUAAUCUAUGCUGCAGUUCACUAGGAUGUGUCGGAGCGGCGAUUUCCUUAAACUGUGUAGUCCUGGUAGUGUGGGUCGCCAUCUUGUGUGCAGCUUCCUUACUCCUCACAUUCUCAAUGAUGAUCAGCGGUUACCAUAGCAACAGUGGUGGCGACAGUACAACGCCCGUUGAUUUUACGUACUAUGGUUUAAAGAUUGAUGAAGUAUUAGAAGUGGACAAUCUUGAAGGAACAAGCAACAACAUGGUACUCUUUUUCUCCCUGACGGUUGGAGGCGCUGCACUUGUUACUUUUGGUUUGGCCAGCUCCAUCGCGUGCAUGGCGAGUAAUUGGAAGCAUCUCAAAGUGGGCGACCAGUGGAAAGACUACGCCCAGAAGAGAAAGCAAGAAGAACGAGAACUUCACGAAAUGACAUCAUACAAAUCAUCAGAACGACUGGCAGCGAGUCUAUACUAUUAAAUGUUGUUCCUGGACAAAAUGGACAAAAAUGGGGAAAUUUCGUAUAUCUUAUUCAAAUUUGUUAAGACAUACAUGUAGGCCUAUAUAUCGUGAAUCUUGGAGCGAAAAAAAGAAAAAAAAGAGAGAAACGUCUUCAUCACGUAUACGCUCUAUGUAUAAUUAUGUUAUUAUUAAUACGUGUUUUAAUUACUUUAAAACUUAGUAUUCAUCUGUUAAGACAUGUAUCCUACAAUUUAAAAAAAAAGCUAACUUAUCCCCAUUUUUUGUUGUUGUACUGAUUAAUGAUUUUAGGAAACGUGAUAAAGCAAAAUAAAUAAAAAGAACAGGAACAAAAUAAUUAGCACAAAUUACAAUUCCGUUAAGGAAGUAAUACAUAUUUAAAUUCCUAUCUUGUUUCUACUUUUAACUGAUCAUUAUGCUUGUACAUGUUUUUACAUUAUGCAACUUUUAUAUCCCACGCAUAAAAGAAUAUAGUUGAAAAAAUAAUUGAUAUACAGUUACGAAAGAGAAAGGAAAGAAUCGUUACGUAAAAUAAAAAUGUGACAUUGUAGUUUUAUGCACCAAGAUACAUUGUACAUAUUGAAAAAUUGUAGAUACAGAAACAGACAUAUUUUCUUAUUUAUGGCAAUAUUUCUAUUCAUAAGACUAAAAAACGCCAACAUGCAGUUGCGAGUGCGGAAUUUUUAAAUAGAGAGGACGCAUGCAUGAAAAAAAAAAAAAAUCAAAUCAUAAUAGAGGGGUGCGGCAA